CUUAAGGUUGUACCAGUCCCUGAGAGACGAUACCCGGACUUUCCGGUUUUACUACAAGAUAGGAAUUGAAGCUAUACGCUUUUGACCUAUCAAGUUUUUGGCGCCGUUGCCGGGGACUGCCAUACCUUAUUUUUGUUGAUUUUUGUGAGUGAACUGUUUUGAUCUGGGUGUUAGUGUGCAGGUGAAUUUUUCAGGUUAAUCCUCCUCGUGCAUGCCAAGGAGGACGACUGGCAAUUUACUGCCACUAGAUCCCGAGAACGAGAGGACCUGCCGACAAAACAGGAAACAUGUCAAGUUAGGGAAGCAGCCUACCCCAUCCACAACUCCUAGGCCUUCCCUAACUCAGAAUCGUCAACCGAGAAGGCAGGUGCCACCACCUGUCAUCCCUACACCACCUACACCACCGCCGCGCGUCAUAGAGCCUGUCAUCAUGGCUGAACAGGAUCGUUCGAUCAGGGCUCGUCUGAAUCGGAGGACUGGAGCCCGAGCUUCAUGUGUUGUCAUUCCGGCUGGGGAUGCAAACAUGGAGAUUGCCCCAGCCUUCAUCAAUAUGAUCACGAAUGGGUACACCUUCUCCGGGGGAAGUACCGAGGAUCCUCAUGAACAUCUCCGCCGGUUUGCAAACAUUUGUGACACAAUGAAGAGCCCGACUGUGUCUGAUGAUGCCAUCCGUCUUCGGAUGUUCUCAUUUUCUCUGCUAGGGAAUGCAUCACACUGGUUCCAGAACUUGACACCCCGUUCCAUCACAACAUGGGGUCAGCUUGAGAAGACCUUUUUGGAUAAGUACUUUCCUCCUGCCAAGGCAAUGAAGAGGCAAGAGGAAAUUGUCACUUUUAAACAAGCUGAGGAUGAAAGUCUGACCGAGGCAUGGGAGCGCUAUAAGGAGCUUCUAAUGAGAUGCCCGAGCCACGGUCUUGAAGAUUGGAAUGUGAUCUCCAUCUUCUUCAACGGAAUCAGAAGACAAUUUCGAGAUGCUCUGAAUAAUGCUUCCCGAAAUGGUUUCACAAGAAUGGAAGCACCAGAAGCAUAUGAACUGUUGGAGAAGAUAUGCUCUGAAGAUACUGAAUGGGGUAGUGAGACCGGCAUUCGAAGGAGAGGAGGCUUGCAUGAGAUAGACAGAGUUGCAAGUUUAGAAGCAAAGAUUGAUGCUAAGCUGGAUUCCAAGUUCGAUGCACUCGAACGAAGGCUGGCUAAGAUGGCUCUUGGUAGACAGGAGGAGGUUGCUUUGUGCGAAUUAUGUGAAGGUGCUCAUCAUAGGGAUCUAUGUCCACUGGUAGCUGAUCAGUUGGAAGAUGUGCACUAUAUCAACAAUCAGCAAAAUCAAGGCCAGGGUGGUAUGUAUUCAAAUACCUACAACCCGCAAUGGAGAAAGCAUCCUAACUUUUCCUGGGCGAACAACAACCCAACUGGUGUUCGAAACAUCCCACCUCCUGGUUUUCAACACCAGCAGCCUCAACUAGAGAAAAAGCCCCAGUUGGAGGAGUUGAUUUUGGCUCAUAUGCAGAAAACAGACAAUAAUUUCAAGGGCCUGGAUCAAUUUGUCACUCAACAGCUAGCCAUCAACAAUAAUUUACAAUCUUCUAUGCUAGCUAUGGAGAGGCAGAUGGGACAGAUGGCUCAAACUUUGGCAGAUAUGCAAGGCAGGAUUCCUGGGACUUUACCAGCAAAUACUGAGAGGAAUCCGAAGGAUGCCAUGGUUGUAGCAGUGACAUUGAGGAGUGGAAAGGCCUUGGAAGACCCUAGCAGCUCGAAAAAGGCACCAGAGGCAGAAGAGGAAGCACCGGAAGAAAGAUCUUGUGCAGAAAAUGAAGAAUCAGCCUUGCACAGGCAAAAUGAAAGCGGUUUGCCUGUGCAAAAGCAUGCUGCCCGUGUACCUCAAAAAGUGGAAAAAUUAAAGAAUGAAGAGGUAAAACCUUAUGAACCUCCCGCACCAUUCCCUCAAAGGUUAAUGAAGCCCAUGGAAGACCCAAACUUCAAGAAAUUUGUGAAUAUCUUCAAGCAACUUCAUAUUAACAUACCCUUGGCGGAGGCACUUGAACAAAUGCCUACAUAUUCUAAAUUCUUAAGGGAGUUGCUGACAAAGAAGCGGAAAUGGGCUGAUCUAGAGAAGGUAACCCUUACUUCUAAAUGUAGUGCUGUGAUUCAGAAUAAAUUACCAGAAAAGAGGGAUGAUCCGGGCAGCUUCACCAUUCCAUGUGUCAUUGGAGGUACAGAAUUCGAUAAAUCACUUUGUGAUCUUGGAGCAGGAAUUAAUUUGAUGCCAUACUCAGUCUACAAGAAAUUGGGAUUGGGAGAUGUUCUUAAGCCUACUCGGAUCACACUCCAAUUGGCUGAUCGAUCAGUAAAAAUUCCAAAGGGAGUGGUGGAGAAUGUAUUGGUGAAGGUGGGAAAGUUUAUUCUCCCAACAGAUUUUGUCAUUUUGGAGAUGGAAGAAGAUCGGGGAGUGCCUCUCAUUCUCGGCAGACCUUUUCUAGCAACCGGUGAUGCACUCAUCGAUGUUGGGAGAGGCAAGUUGACAUUCCGAGUAGGUAAGGAGGAGGAAAUUUUUAAUGUCUUUCAAGUUGACCAUAAUCAUGAUGAAUUUGAAAGUGGAGCUCGAGAAAGGAAAAAUCCCUUUUCCUGUGAUAGUGGACCAUCCGAAGAACUAUCACCUAUCCUAUCUGCUCAGAUUCUGAAGUCAAAGCAAGGGCAGAAAUCCUUGCCAGGUCACCUCAAGUAUAGAUAUUUGGGUAAGGAUUUCAAUCUUCCUGUUAUUAUUCCUUCUUCACUGACAUUGAAACAGGAAGAGUACCUGCUUGAGGCGCUGCAGUACCACCUACGCCUAACUAAAGGGUCUAACAUGCCAGCUAAGAAGGUCGUACCCAAUUUUCGCACACCUGGCCCUGCAGAGGUGACUCAUAUGUUGGAUGGAGGUUAUGCGUUUUAUCAUUGCUCGGGAGGGUAUGCUGGAUACCUUUCCAUACCCAUUGGUUGAAAGCUCCAUGAACGUCAGGCUGAGGACGUUAAACAAGCGCUUCUUGGGAGGCAACCCAAGGUAAGUUUUCUUUUCUUUAUUUUUCUUUUUUGUUGUGUCAAACCCGUGCAUGUUUAGAUUAGGAGUUGAACAUUAGGGACAAUGUUCCAUCCUGAGUGUGGGGUGAUGAGUCUUAGUGUUGUUUGUCCCUGUUGCAUGUGGUAAAAAAAAUUCAAAAAAAAAAAAUUUGUUUGUUCCUUUUGUCAUGUGGUCGGUAAAAAAAUUCCAAAAAAACAAAAAAAAACAAAAAAAUUGCCAUUAGGUUGAGCACAGCCAAACUGCAUGCAGUUUGCCUGUGUAAAAAGCAGUCUGCCUGUGUAAAAAGCAUGCUGCCUGUGCAAAGCUAAUGGCUAAAAAACACCUAAAAAUCAGAAAAAUUUAAAACAAAACCUUGUACUCUUGUGGUAACAUGAUGUAAAUGACCGUGAUGCCUUGAAAAUGAGUUUAUGCUUGAAUGAAAUCAUCGAAAUCACCCCACUAGUGUUGAAUUGCAUAGUUCUUCACAAUGAGCUUGAAUGUUUUGACUGACUUGAUGUGCUUUGAAUGAGCAACUCUUUUAGCAACAUUCUCUUUUGUGAGGAUAGUGUAACGACUUUUGGUGAAGUAGUUAGGUGGAGAACAUUGACCAUUCGAUAUGUUUGGAUACCGUGCUUACUUGAAUCAAUUGUGAGCUUUUGAUUUUGCAAUGAGUCUCUCUGUUUUGAAUGUUUUAUGAUGGGGUGAACUGUAUCUUUAUAAAAGAAAACACUACCUGACAAGUAAAAUAUAAGAAAGUUGCCAUAACAAUUAAAGUGUGGGUAAAAAUGCCAAAAUCGUGUGGGGCAAUCACUCAUUGCACAUGGGGAUGAGGAAAGAUUCAAUUGAGAAUCGGUUCGCGACCGUACGAUGUUGCUUAUCAAGUACGAUCCUCGUUGAGUGAAGUGCCAUUUGAGGAUGCAAUGACCCUCCACACGGACCGAGGAUAAGGAGUUAAAAGAAGCCCUUAUGCGAGUGCUAAGAAGCAGAAAUUGCUCUUGCUCGGUCACCGGUAGUAAGAAACAAAUCCCACUUGUACUAAAUACGACUUCUCGGCAAGCAAAAGCAGAAAGAGAGAAAGCCUCUCCUUGUCAUAAAAGGUAGUGAUGUGCUUAAAGUAAAAUCAUGUUUGUGAAAGGCUUCCCCCAUUAGUUUUUGAGACUCAUGCUUAAUUAAUUGCUUAUGAUUGGUGUGAGUAAGCCAGAUUGUCCUCACGAGAUAUGCACCUCACUGAUGUGGUUAGAUUCUCCUAAUAACUGUUGCACCAUAAGUUGUUAAUCACCCGCUACUGACGACCUAAAUUGAGUGUUGCUAUUUGAGUUUUUGAUGGAUUUGAGUCAGUCAAUGGUAAUGGUUGCAAAGAACUUGAGUGUGGGGUGAAAGGUAUGACCAUUAAAGCACAACUUGUCCGUUGAGAAAGAAACUACUGAUUACAACAAGAGUACAAGAAAAUUUUGUGUUUUGUUUUGAGUGUUUGAGUGUUGAGUCUGUGGUGUGUCAUUGUUUUAGAUGGUUAUGUGUUUGUGUUUUUUGAGUCGUUGCUUAGGGACAAGCAACAAUUGAGUGUGGGGUUGUGAUAAUCGGCUUUAACAUAUUGAAUUUUUGGACUUUAUGUGAUUAUCCAUGAUAUGUUUAAGCCGAUUGGUGUUAUUUUAGGGCUCGCUAAACCGUGAAUGGUUGAAAAACCAUUACUGCCUAGUGCUAUGAGUUUGAUAUGUUACAGGUGGAGAAAGCAUGAAAAAGAAGCGAGUGCACAAACAAUUAAUUGGGCCCAAAUCACUUUGUCUCGGGCAGAAUUAAUUUGGGCCGGGGAUCUCCUAUUGGGCUCGCGGACGGAAUUAUAUUGCAGGAGGAUUGGAUUGGGAUACGAAGAAAUGGGCCAAAGCCCAUUCGCCUCCUCUCCUUGUGUUGGGCGGAUUGAGCAGGGGUUUUGGGCGGAAGAGACAGAAUUGGGCCAGGGGAACUAAUUGUGGGGGACGUUUUGGACAGGGAGUUUUGGGGCGGACUUUUGUUUUCUUUGGCGAGAAGGGCUUUGGGGCGGGCUUUCGGAUUGGGAGAGAGCAGCAGCGAAUUGGCGGAACGAAUUAGGGGGAGAGAGCGACAGCAUCGCAGUGACGGGAGGAGCUUGGCACGAGCUGAUCGCGGGCAUAAUUCAAAAUCAGUAUUUUCCUUCGCUCCUGAUUAGUUGGAUGAUGAAUAUGAACAUGAUUGUGUGUUUUAUUUUCGCCAUGAACUAAACCCCAAUUUCUGGGGGAAACACCAUAGGAUGUAGCUAUUUCUUGAUUUGAUGGAUUGAUUUAUGAUUCUUUUCUUCCAAUCUCUAUUGCAUAAAAUUGCUUAAUGCUUUGUGUUGACUGGCCACCAAUACAUCGAUUUGUAGUUAAUUAGGUUAUUAGCGACAGUGAAACCCUAAUAACUGAACCUAUUUCAUGUGACAUAGUAACUUAUCGAAGCGACAGUGGAUUAAAUAGGGUGCUAUGCGGUCUUAAAUAGGAUAUCGAUCUUCAGGCUAAAUAAUUAGGUCAUUGAGCUACGACAGUAGGAUUUGAUUUAAUUGUUUAGUACGUAGUAAUUCCCGACAGGGAUAGCUAGCACAUUCGUGAUAUCCUGGCUGUAGAGAGUUGGAUUAAAUUGAUUGGAGUAUGUGAAUUAAUCUGGAUAGGUUAGGUAGUGAAUCCCGGUGUUUCUCCCAGAGCUUUCUCCCAUUGAUUUUCUCCCGACAGUUUUCAUUUAGUUAAUUUGUUUAUUUUAUUUUGCUAGUAGUUAAUAAUCUCAUUAAACCAUUUUCACCUAUAGUUUGCUCUAUUAAAUCGGUAAAUCUUAAGGUUGUACCAGUCCCUGAGAGACGAUACCCGGACUUUCCGGUUUUACUACAAGAUAGGAAUUGAAGCUAUACGCUUUUGACCUAUCAGUUGGCUAAGUGUUUGAUGCUAGAUGCUUAAAUAAACAAAGGAUAACAUCUGAAUAGUUACCAAAAGUGCCCCAAUAUCCGUACUACAUAUAAAAAUAUCCACAUCACCCAGACUAAUAUUCAUUCCUACCAUAAAAAAUAUCCGCACCACCCAGACUAAUAUUCGUUUCUCCCAUAAUAAAUAUCCUUACCAACCCUAACUAAUAUCCAUCGAUUACAAACUAAUAUCCUGCUACACAGCCAAAAUAUCCACACAUCGCCAACUAAUAUCCUCCGAUCACAUAAUAAUAUUUUAUCACCACAAACAAAAAUCGACUACCCCAAUCACAUAAUAAUAUUUUAUCACCUAAACCCUAACACUAACACUAACACCCUAAUCACUUUACCAAAAAAUCUCUAUUAGAAUAUCCAAAAGUCCAAGAAAAUUUCGAAAACAUGAACUAAUAUCAAUUCAAACCUAAGCUAGACCCUAAACCCUUAACAUUAAACCGUAACACAGACCCUAAAUCAUAAAACUAUUAUUAUUUAAUAGGCCUUCGGCCCAUGGGCCCUCGGCGGGCAGCCCUAACUAAGGUUGCAAGCCUUACGUGUUAGGACUUCCUAGUGUGUUUAAUUUCCUAGUGUGUUUAAUUUUAUGUAAGAAACAAUAUUCCAAUCCUUCACAAAUUGAAAACCAAACCAUAAACCCUAAAACUUAAACUCUAAAUUGGUGUAAUAAGUUUCGGGUGGUUGGGUUAUUUUGGGGUUUGGUAAAUAUUAAUUUAAUGAUGGAUAUUGGUUUGCGAAGGAAGAAUACUAGUUCAUUUCAACAAUGAUGCAAAAUAAUAUCAACACAACACAUAAUAAUAUCGACUGAAAACAAAUAAAUAUCCACACAAACAAACAAACAUACAUAUAUAUCACAUGGGGCCCAAAAAUUUCGUUCUCUUUCCACUCCAACCCAAAAUCCCGCCCAAACUGAAGUCGGGCCCACCACGCCACUUGCUCGGCUCACCUUCUGCGCUGCACGCUGGGCCGGCUUCUACACGGAAGCCCAUCUCCAGCUCAUUUAAGUGAGCCACCACCCAGCCGCCACUCUCCUCCGUUGGAUGAAACCCAAACAAACGUGGCCCAAAAUCUGACCCUAUCAGUAUCUUCUAACAAAAUGGCAUGUUAGGAGAUUAACUUUCGGGUGCCUCUGCUCUUUUUCGUUUCUUUUCUUCCCUUUCCUUUUGUUUCCUUUUUUUUCGUCAAAGUUUCUGACGAUCUUUUUAAAUUGUAAUUGAUUUCUCCAUUAAUAAAAAUAAAAAGAUAGAUGUUGCCAGAAAAAAGUGCCCAUUAAAGUAACUGCUCUUUUAUAGGACCUGGUAGAAAAUUUAUUGCUUAAUCGUCGGCUAGGUUACAAUCCGCUUCCAACAGAGAAAGUAAAAGACAAGGGAGGCCUCUCCUCCCAAAAUUCAUGGUUGUGGUGGCUGCACAAGAAGUCCCACACGAGAGAGGAGGCGAAGGGUCUGUCAACUACUCCCAGCCGAUGCGGUCUUCCCCGACGAGAAGCUUUCUCUGCUAGCGACCGCCAUCGAUUCUCUCUGCCAUCCGCCGUCACGGAUUCGGUCGGUGAGGGAAUGAUGAGAUACCCUCAGCCGCGAAACUAACUACCGCUUCUCCCUGCGUUUUGCUCGCUUGUUCCGCAUUGGCAAAGAGCAGUAGCAACCCAACGUCCAUUCUAGAUCUAAAGUUUUGAAAAUAUCAGGAGCAUUUUUCCUUGGUAGAGGAAGUUGCGAGAAAGAGGUUGGGGAGAGAGGAGAACAGCUUGAGUGAUUUUUAUGAUUAGGGUUAGGAGAAUUCAUUACGUGAUUGACAAAAAUAACCUUCAUCUAAUUAUCACCCAUGAAUUAUUAUUUUAAUUUAAUGGCUAGAAAGAUUGUUAGUACAGUGAUAACCCUUUAAAGAGUUAGCAACUAAUCUCAUCCCUAAUCUAGUCUAGUCUAGACUACUUAUAAUACAUUUUAAAGAGUUUG